CUGAUGUUAUCACCCGGGGCCACACUCCCCGUCCAGGUGUUCAGUGUGUUAAAUGUUCAGCAGACUGGAAGGAGAAUCUCGUUACCUGUUCACAUCACUCUGGAUCAGAUUGUGGCCAACGAGGACCAAUCAGAAGCUCCUCUGAUGUCAAGGAGACAGGCGACGAUCAGGGGGCAGGGUCUUAUACAAUCAAUGAUGUCACAAAUACAUCAUAUACAGACAGGUUUAGACCAAAUGUGGAAACAAACAGUUGGUGCCCAGACAGCGUGGCAUCCUGCACUGAAGGGUCAAUGGUUAACCCGCAUCACUGGCUGGAGGGGCUCUGUGGGGAUGGGUCUACCAGGGGCACUGACCACCACCUGGAUAUUCCAGCCCCUUCUGUACGGUCAUCGAAGGCCUCUCAGGUAAAUGUGAACCCUGUGACCUCGACCUCAGACUCUGGGUCACUGGAGGGGGAUGUGACCUUUGACCUUCUGAAGGUCAACUCUGAUGAUGAGGCCUUCAUCACGGAGCUGCCACCGGGCCCCCCCACCACUGCUCCUCGCUCCAGGAACACGUUCGAGUGCGGUCGCAGGCAGAGCGCUCCAGGUGAUCUGGUUCAGGACAACUGUGGAGGUUCAGAGUCUGAGCUGCAGUCCAGGAUGCCGGGGAUCAUCGAGUACUUAAGCAGCAGGAGGCAGCAGUCCGUCAGUCACAGUGUUGCUGGGUGGAAGUUGUUUGGUAAAGUUCCUCCCAGACAGAGUCCGUCCAAACAGGCCCGGACCAUCCAGCAGGAGUUCGAGGCACGCAGUUCUCCUUCCCAUCAUGCCGCGAGGCAGCAGAGCAGAAGGAAGGUGGAGUUUGAACCGCUGUCAACCACGGCCCUGAUCCUGGAGGACCGCCCACCGAAUCUUCCCGCUAAGUCGGCUGAAGAGACGCAGAGACACCGGCAGCAGUACGAGCAGAUGGUGGCUGGAGCCAAGAGGAGAGAGCUGAAGGAGGCUCAGCGGAGGCAGCAGCAGAUGAAGGAGAGGUUCAGACAGGAGGAAGAGAUCUCCAAUGCCACCAUGGUCUGGAACCAGCACAUCCUGCCACACUGGGAUGCCAUGAGGUCCAGUCGGCGUGCUCAGGACCUGUGGUGGGGGGGUUUACCCUCCAGCAUCCGGGGGCGAGUGUGGUGCCUCGCCAUCAGCAAUGAGCUCAACAUCACUGCAGAGCUGUAUGAGAUCUUCCUCUCCAGAGUGAAGGAGAAGUGGAUCGUCACUAAGACAGAGACAGACGACACAGCGUCACUGUCGGACAGAGAGUCCAGUCUGGAGCUGAUCACCCAGGACGUCUCCAGGACGUUUCCAUCGCUGUGCGUCUUUCAGCAGGGUGGUCCUUACCACGACCUGCUGCAAAGCAUUCUGGGAGCUUACACCUGCUACAGACCUGAUGUGGGAUAUGUCACGGGGAUGUCCUCCAUCGCAGCUGUUCUGAUCCUGAACAUGGACGAAGUCGAAGCCUUCAUCAGUUUCUCCAACCUGAUCAAUAGACCCUGUCAGCUGGCUUUCUACAGAGUGGACCAGCCACUGAUGUACAGGUAUUUCGGGGCCUUCCAGGUGUUCCUGAAGGAGACUCUUCCUCUUCUCUUCCUUUACUUCCAGUCUGUAGGUGUAACUCCUGACCUCUACCUCCUGGACUGGAUCCUGUCUCUCUACACGAAGCCCCUCCCCCUGGACGUGGCGUGCAGAGUCUGGGACGUUUUCUUUCGGGAUGGGGAGGAGUUCCUGUUCAGGACAGCUCUGGGGAUCCUGAGACUGUAUCAGAACGUCCUGCUGCACAUGGACCUGAUCAGCAUAGCUCAGUUCCUGUCACGCCUCCCUGAUGAAGAGCUUCUCUCUGAUAGGCUGUUCUCCUGCAUCUUGGCCAUGCCCAUGCAGAGCGGGAACAGGAAGUGGAGUCAGGUGUUGUCGUCCUGCAGCAGCUGAUCUGAACUACUGUCUCUGUCUCUGUCUCUGGGUUAAUGUGACAUUUGUGAAGAAGAAUUCAGUUUUUAUUAUUUAA